AUGGAUUCCGAGCUUCCUCCCACCUCCCAGCACGACUCUGGUCCAGCUAGAGCCGAAGCUCAACCAGGCUUUUCCCCGGCGGACAUCUUCGACAACCUCCUUGCCACCGCUGGCCGAGCAUCACCACUGACGCCGUUCUUUCUGUUCAUAUACCAAAUUCUUGGUUUGCGACUGGGACUGGAUCUAUCCGUUAUCAUGGCGCUUCUUGGUGUGUUCUGGGUAACAAUCAAGAUUGGCGGCCAAGGGUACACUCUGGUUAACGCCUUCAUCGAAAAUCAUUUAAUGCAUAGUGUAACUGUUCCCCAAGACGAUGAGAUCUACGACCAUGUCAAGGCGUGGCUGUCCAAGCAGGAACGUGUGAUUAAGACCUCGCGCCUCGUGGCCCAGACCGUGAAGAAUGACGACUGCGACGACAAGGAUCUUGAAAAUCUCGACGUUACAGACGAUGGUGAUGAAACCCCCGAUCAGCAACGACUCAACGUGUUGAAGUUGAUAUCCAGAGUACGCCAUCAAUACUUUCCAGCGAUAGGAAAGACCAGGUUCUGGCAUAAAAACAGAUAUUUUGUCGUACAUCGUUCGAAGAAUGUAGUCAUGGAAACUUCCGAAUUCCCGCUGAAGGUGAAUGCGGACGAAGAGAUUAAAAUCUCCUGUUUGUGGAGUUCGAGGGAGCCUAUCGACAAAUUGUUACUCGAAGCCAAAGAGAUGUACUACUGCGAAAUGAAGAAAAGGACCAUAAUAUAUCGGCCCGAGGUUGUGGACCACACCAACAGACCCAGUUCAUGGCGCCUAGCCGCAAAGCGUCCCAAGCGAUCCAAGGAAACAGUUAUACUUCCCGGAGCGAUAACAGAUUUCCUUCUACCCGACAUUAGAGAAUUCCUCAUGACCAAAACUGAGCGAUGGUAUACUGCUCGUGAUAUCCCCUGGCGCCGAGGAUACCUCUUUUUCGGGCCACCGGGGACCGGAAAGACGAGUUUUGUCGCUGUGAUAGCCGCAUAUUUUCUGCUUGAUAUCUAUACUGUUAAUCUGAGUGAGCCUAAUAUGACGGAUGCGAAUCUUUUGAGACUCUUUCGUGAUCUUCCCCGACGAUGCAUGGUUCUGAUAGAAGAUAUCGAUGUAUCGGGUAUACAACGCGAUAGAGAUUCGAAAGGCGUCGAGAGGAAUCAAGGGACAGCCAAUAGGAUAGGAAUGAUCACCAAAACCUUUUCGUUUGGUGGUCUCCUGAAUGCUAUUGAUGGUGUGGCGGCACAGGAGGGUCGCAUCCUUAUUAUGACGACAAACAAGCCCGAGUCACUAGAUGAAGCUCUCAUCCGUCCUGGCCGCGUGGAUGUCAAAAUUGGGUUCCACAACGCCACAAAACAGCAAUCUGCGGCAUUGUUCUGUCGAAUGUAUGGGGAUUCCACUCCCCUAGAGCCAAACAAGCCAGCUAGCAAGGGAAUCAAGGACCAGAACAGCGACAAAGUCUCCCUGUCGCAAGAGGAAAUCAAAAGCCUUUCAGAAGAAUUUAGCGAGAAGAUUCCAGACCGCUUGUGUUCACCCGCCGAGAUUCAGGAGUUUAUGCUUUUACGAAAGGAAGAUCCUAGAAAGGCAGUUGAUGAGGUGGAAAGUUGGGUGGAGAAGAUGAAGGAGCAAAAGAACUCCGGUUCUAAUUAG